AUUUAUGUCUUGAUUUCGUUUGGCGAAGGAUAUCAUUGAAUAAUUUUUAAAUAUAAAAUAAUUUUUGAUACGAAAAUAUUCGACGACAUAAGAAUUAUGACUUUAAAUACAUUGCCUUGGUAAUGUUAUUGAGUAGAUUUAUUCCAUAGCAAGAUUGAGCUGUACAUAAUGGAUGUAACAUUGCUCUCUCAUAUGAAGCACUCGGCUAUCAAAUGAUUUUUGCAUCAUUUUAUUCUGGAUUAAAAAGAUAUGAAUGAAGAUAGAAAGCAAUGGUCCUACCUUUGCUCCGGAUUGCAUCAAGAAGCAGACGACUAUAGUUCUGCAACAUCUUUAGUGCAACCUGGCGUAUAUCACCCCUGCAACAGAACGUCGAAUCCGAAAGCAAUAAGAAGAAAAUACUUACGAGCCGUGUUUAAAAAUGGCGAAUUCAAUAUUUAUAGAACACCAACGAAGGCAUUGAAAUUGUUCACGAAUUACUUUAUUUUGUUGGUUGAGACAAGAUGGAGAUGGACGCUUAUGAAUUUCUUCACAGCAUUCACCUGUAUUUGGCUAUUCUUUGGUUUCAUUUACUGGGCGAUCUCCUUGAACCACGAUGACUUUAAGGAUGACCAUUUACCUCCAUAUCAAAACAUCACAGGAUUCACGCCUUGCAUCAAAAAUAUUUACGGAUUCACAUCUGCGUUCUUGUUCAGUGUCGAAGUGCACACAACAGUCGCUUACGGUCGAAGAGCUAUCACACUUGAAUGUCCAGAAACAAUUAUUGCAAUGUGCCUGCAAUGCAUUGUGAGCUCUAUAUUCCAAGCUAUAAUGGUUGGAAUCCUUUUCGCUAAAUUAACUCGACCACGGGCGAGAACACAAACGAUUCUCUUUAGCAAACAUGUAGUUAUAAAUGUGAGGAAUGAAAAAUUUUGUCUCAUAUUUCGAGUUGGUGAUAUGAGAAAAUCUAGAAUACUCUAUAUAGAACCAAAGGCCUACGUUUUAAGAUUUAACUCAGAUUAUAAUGUACUGGACGACUCAGAACAAAUUGAAUUAAAAUUGGAUAUUGAUGAAUGCGAAUCAACAUUUUUCCUUUGGCCGGUAACAGUGGUUCACGUAGUUGAUGAAAGCAGCCCUUUCUAUGGAUUAUCAGCGGCUGAUCUUUUGUGCACUAAAUUAGAAAUUCUUGUUCUAUUUGAAGGUAUAAUUGAGUCGACUGGCCAACCUAUUCAGGCUAGGUCGAGUUUCACUGAAUACGAUAUUCUUUGGGGGCACAGGUUUGUUCCAAUGGUUGGUUACAAUUUGGACAAAAUGCUGUAUGAUGUGGAUUUUUCCAAGCUAUCUGAAGUUCAGCAAGUCGAUACACCUCUCUGUUCACCAAGCGAAUAUGAUAAUAUUUUGUUAAUGUUUCCAAAUGAAGCUUAUUCUGAAUAUUAAUUUAUUAAAUUAAAUAAUUAUUAAUUUAAUAAUAUUAUCUGCAUUUAUUAUUAUCAUUUGA